UUAAUGGUCCGCGUGUAGGCGAGUCACGCGCGGCGGAGUUUCGGCCGUUGGUCUUCGCUGCGUUUCUCUCGCUGUUGGUGACGGUUUGAUCCGUUUCAUGUCGUUUUCUAAAGCCAAACUUCUCUUAGAUUAACACACUUCACCGAAGAAUGAGCGACAACGAUGACAUCGAGGUCGAUAGUGACGAAGAAUCACCAAGAUUUCACUCUGUGGCAGACAAACGGGCACACCACAAUGCGCUGGAACGCAAACGUAGGGACCACAUCAAAGACAGCUUUCACAGCCUUCGGGAUUCCGUGCCUACUUUGCAAGGGGAAAAGCAAUCUAUCAAACAGGCUUCUCGAGCUCAAAUCCUAGACAAAGCCACAGAGUACAUCCAGUACAUGCGACGGAAAAACCACACACACCAGCAGGACAUUGACGACCUGAAGAGGCAGAACGCUCUGCUGGAGCAGCAAGUUCGUGCACUGGAGAAGGUCAAGGGGACCACGCAGCUACAGGCCAACUACUCAUCGUCAGACAGCAGCCUGUACACCAACCCCAAGGGCAGCGCAGUGUCAGCCUUUGACGGAGGCUCUGACUCCAGCUCAGAGUCUGAUCCGGAGGAACCGCCCACUCGGAAGAAGCUUCGUGUGGAGGCCAGCUAAGACCACUUCCUCCUCAGGCUCUUCCAGGAUCUCCUAGUUUGGAGGGUCACUGCAGUGCCCUGUGCAGUGAUUUUAACCUUCCUCCACCUCCUCUGCUCCCUUCUCCUCCUCAGUGUGCACCAACCAGAGCCUCCACAACCUCCAGUUUCAUGUCUGCAGAACCUUCUCCGAUGCUGGGCCAGGCCAAAGGAGAGAUGCCUACUAGAGUAGGAGGACUCAUAUCAGAAAGGCAGCACAAAGCUCAUGUCUUUCUCUACCUAGUCCUCUCUCCUUCCUCAACUCUCUCUGCCUGUCUUAUAUCCUGGCACCCACAUCUUGGCAGCAACAAAGAACGACCCAAAACCAAAAUGAGGCAGCUUUGUUAUAUAAGGACUCAGUGCUUUUUCUGUACCCUUGUCUGUACCCCCUUCAGUAGGAACCUAAAGGGGCUCAUGAGGCAUACAGCUCUAAGCACUGCUAAAAAUGUUUUUUUUGUUAUCCUCUUAUUGUUGAAUAUGUUAAAGAACCUGUUUAGUACUUGUAUGCACCCUAGAAUAAUUGUUCCAAAGGAGUGGCUAACCUUUCUAAAUGUUUGUACUUUUCCAUAAAUGAAUGUGAACCUACAUCAAAGCAGUUAAUAUGAAUUAAUAUUAAGUAGCCCCUCCACAAUGGAAUCAAAUAGCUGACAAGUUUGGUUUAAACAUGUUUUGAGAAAAUCCCCAGACGUGUGGUGUUCUUUUAGCUUGAUCUAGAGGAGUUUAGCUGGCUGAAAAAAAAAGGUUUUUAUAAAGGAAUGCAUUCAUUUUGCAUUUGUCAUACCAUUGCAAAAAUGAUGUACUGCAGUUUGUAUGUUUCUUGCAAUUUUUGGGAAUAUAUAAAGUUGGUCAAUGUUGUUUUUCCCCUAUAAUGACACAUUUAUAGAAUGUCAACAAAUAAGCUUCUUUUACAGUGUGAUUAAAAAACUUGUAAAUCCCAGGGUCAUAUUUAAGUGCUAAUUAAAAUUUAACUUAAGUCCUACCCCGUCCUCCAAAUUUUGCGCGUCUAGGAGAUGUAAGUAUAUUGUUUAUCACAGAUUUUCCUCUUAGUACAUAGUACAUACUAAAUAGGUCUUUGAUUCCAUUCCAUGGAACUUACCGGUAUGUCGUACAUACUGCCAACAAUUGUCUUGCAAGUUGAGGCCUACCUUUACUAUGAGACUAUAAAUAAAACUAUUUUAUCCUUUACA